CUCCAACCUCGUGAAGCCUGUUAAUAAUGAAUGUUCAUCCUUUCAGCUUUAUGUGAAUUAUGAUAUCUCUUUCAUUCAUACUUCUCCACUGACUACCCUAACCUAGGUAACUUGAAUCAGGCCUGAUGAUAUUACUGACAAGCUUAUUUGUCUUCAACACCAUCUUGCCAUGACAGACAAUGCAUUGAAAAUUGUAAAUGGGAUUAUAAACGCGAAUUUCACGUAGGCGCGUUGGGCGAGGGUCUGGCUAUUUUCACGAACCCCGCUGUCGCUUUCGCGAGUUGUCCUUUUGAAGCUUCACAACUCUGUUCCAUAACACUCGAACCUCGGAACUUCAGAAACACGAAGCCAUACUAUCGCCAAGAUGCCUCCUACAUUACAUCCUCAAGCUAAAUUCGAUCCAAUACCUCCAGACCUCGACCUCCAUGCACUUGUCGAUCGAACCCCCAAUUUCGACUGGGUGGUUCGCAUAUCUACUGCCCAGAUUAGGCGCCUCGGUCCGUCUGGCUUCGAGAAGUUGGUGCAGCUGCACGUUAUCGAAGGGGGUCGCCCACUCGUCAUAGAAGGAUGGAAUAGGGUUCUCCCGGAAAAGUUGUUCAGCGCUGCCUGGCUGGAGAAGGCAUGUGACAAGAAGCAGGAAAAUGUUCGUGACAUAAAUGCGCGGACUGAUGUCCCAAUGACCACCGGCCAUUACUUGCGAUCGAUGCGACAGUUGACCAACCAAUGGACCCCGACUAAUUUCCGCGACGAACGACGGCAACGCCUCUACUUGAAAGACAUAGACUGCCCUCCUGAAUGGUACAAUCACUUGAAGAGAGUGAUCCCACCGAACGUGUUCUAUAUGAACGAGAACAUUAGCGAUAACCCAAGCGCAGACGCCCGAAAUGAUGAUAUCUUUGGUGCGCCGGAGAGGACACCCGCAGUAGCAGGCGAUCUGAUGAGUAGUCUUGCGGAGGAAAUGCGUGCACAGAAUCUUAUGUGCUACAUCGGACACGAAGGGACCUUUACCCCUGCCCAUCGAGAGAUGUGCGCCAGUUUAGGCCAGAACAUUAUGGUCGAAGCCUCGGGGGAUAAUAAAGGGGAGAAGCCGGGCAGUUCGAUUUGGUUCAUGACGGAGACGAAGGAUCGCGAAGUUGUCCGGGAGUACUUCCUCUCUAUGCUUGGUCACGACAUUGAAAUUGAAAAACAUUUCGCACAAAUCAACGCGUGGAAAAAGGCCAACUUCCCCGUCUACAUUGUCGAGCAGAAAGUGGGCGACUUUAUCUUGAUUCCUCCCCUUGCGCCCCAUCAGGUCUGGAAUCGCGGAACAAGGACUAUGAAAGUGGCAUGGAAUAGGACCACAGUCGAAACCCUUGAUCUAGCCCUUCACGAGGCUCUCCCGAAAGCGAGACUAGUGUGCCGUGAUGAGCAAUACAAAAACAAGGCGAUCAUCUAUUAUACCCUCGAGAAGUAUUAUAAGGAUUUACAAACCCCCGAGGAGAGUGCCGAAGUUGGGCUGCUAGGGUUCGGCCAGGAGCUGAUGCAGACUUCGCCGCGCAUAAAACAGAUGGCCAAUGACUUCAAACGUCUGUUUGGUCUUUUCACCGAGAUCCUCAUCGACGAAAUGUUUGGCUAUAAGCAACUCAAUGUCGAAUUUAUCCCGUUCGACUCCAACAUCACGUGUUCAUACUGUCGGUCUAACAUCUUCAACCGCUUCUUGACUUGCAAAUGUUGUGUGCGGCCGCUUAUAAACGGCGAUGAGGAUACCUACGAUAUUUGCAUGGAAUGUUACAGUAUGGGUCGCUCGUGUCUUUGUGUUUCUGGUUUACAAUGGUGUGAGCAAUGGAAAUGGUCCGAUCUUGUUGAGAAACAUGAAACCUGGAGGGCCAUGGUAAUACAGCAAGAUGGGUUUAUCGACCUUGAGACGUCUCCUCAGCCCAUUGAGGUUGCUCGAAAGAAAUCAGGCAAGAAAUCAGUAGCCCAAAUCUGUCAAGAACAACUUCGAAGGCGACCCUGGAACGAUAUCUCGAAGCCUCCUGACCCUCCAGCCGAGGAAUCUGACGCUCCUGAAGUUGAUGACGAUGGUCGAGUCAAGAAAAAGCCAAAGUCGCGACGCAAAGCCAAGAAGGGAGACGUUUACCGUUGCCAUGUCUGCUGUCAUAAGGACUACACAUAUAAACUCGCCUUUUGCACGUCGUGCCAGAACGCGUACUGCUACGGUGUGCUAUGGCGGGCGUUUGACAUGAUGCCACAGGCAGUAAUGGAGCAAGAACACUGGCAAUGUCCGAAAUGUCUCAACAUUUGCAAUUGCGGAAGUUGUAGACAAAGUGGCAAUACGAUUCCUUACGUCCCCAAGAACACGCUCCUUGGGCAUGAUACGCGCCCCAUUGCUGACGAUCGUAGCGUUGAGUCGAUCGUCGACUUCCGUCAGCAUAACUUUAGUUGGCUAAAGGCUACUGGAGAGGAGAACCGCAGUAAAGAUACUAGGCGAAUGCAACGAUUGAAGCAGCAGGCAGACGCCGAAAAAGCCAAAGACCCAUGGAAUGCGGCAGAGGAAGCCCCGAACGAGAUGGACUCUGCUCUCCAAGAUGCAGUCAUGGAUGAGGACGGGGAUCAGAAUCACCCCUCGGACCACGCUGGUACAGCUAGGAAUGGUGACGUACAGGGUGAUCAGCCAUCUACUGCUCAUAUGUUAAGUGAAGUGGCAAAUUUUGUCGAGAAUCCCGAUGUGUCUGGUAUACAGAAUGGAGAAGAGGACUCAGUUUAUCCAGAUCUAUCUCAGUAUCCCGACACGUCAAUGGCGGGUAGAGAGCGAAUGAUGGGCAUGGGAUUCUACGACCAAGACGAAAGUGCAGACAGAAUCUUAUUCGACCCAUUCCAAGAACCGGAUGCCGAUACUCUGAAUGAUGAACCAGAAAUGUCCGAUUUUGUCAAAAAGACACUCCAACUCGCAAAGAGAAAGGCUAGGCUUGAGACUGACAAUGAUCCCGAUUUUAGAGGUCCUAGAAACCGCAAAAAGCCCAAAACCGGCAACCUUGAUCAGUUGGUUAACCUCGACCCUGCUUUACUUGGGUCUUUGGGUGACAGUAUGCCUACACCAACCCGAGUGGAUGCGUCGAACGGCUCCAAUGAACGGCAAGGUGAAAAUAGCGUUGACGAAGAACAAGUUGGAGAGACUUCUCAAGCGGGUUCCAGCCUCAAACAGAAGAAACAGAGACGGCCACCUCUACCUAUCGACCCCUUACGGCCUACCUUACGACAUGCCAAACCAAUAGCAUCCUAUGUUGAAGACGAAGAGCCUGCUGAAGACCUCGAUGAUAGUGUGAUGAUUAAACCUCUGCGGCUUUUCGAAUCUGAAAAUGAUAAUAGCGCACCAGAAGAUGUGGACCCUGUAGAUCUAGCUGCCGAUGCAAUCCGCGCUCUGACGCAGCUUCCCGGAGAAGGAGAAAGUCCGAUCAUCGCUCAAAGCACCCCAAAGCCAGGAGCUAAAAGACGAGGCCGGCCACCACGGUCAUCGCUCGGUAAAACUGCAACUUCGACCCCAACCCCAGCCCCAGUCGCAUCUGAGGCUCCUUCCACGGGCAAAAGGCGUGGCCGCCCACCAGGCCGACCAAGGAAGUCUAUACUGGGCAAUCUCGAAAAUAAAAAUGACGAGGACACUAUUAUGGUUGAUGCUAGCGACGCUGAUAAUACUCGGAACGGUGAUGAGAACGAUGUCAGUUUGGAUGAACUUGAAGCACAGCUUAUACGCGAGUUGGGCAACGCAAAUUCUGGCGAGAAGCAUGAAGAUGAGGAACAGUCACGGCCAUCUCCAUCCGCGUCUCGCGGGGGUUUAGUGAGAAAAAGGGGGCGGCCUCCAGGACGGCCUCGUGUAGAGCAAGCCCCCAGGACACGUGUACUCGACAGUCCAGAGCCGACCCGAGAUCGCCGAUUUAUGUCUAUGGCAGAGCGAGUAGCUAUGCGAGGUAGAAAGAUCAAGAUAUCCUCGCGCGGGACCCGAAACAAUGCCACGGGGGCCUCGGCCACUUCAUCAGCCCGGGAAACGCCAACUGCGUCAGCCCCAGUUCCUAAGAACAAAUCGCUGUCGCGAUUUGAUGAUGACGACGACGCGGUUAAUAGGCCCAGCCCCAAACGGGGACGCAAAGAGCUGGUUGACAAUGAUUUCGAGCCUGCCCGGGACCAAGCUCAAGAUUCCCCUUCACCUAGCUCCGUAUCGGAGCGUCAAAUACCAGAACAACGACUACGACCCACUCGGAAAUCAAAUGGACCUACAGUUGUCAGGUUGGCAUUCUCCUCCUCCGAAGAGGAUAGCGCACCCGACUCUGUGUCUCUAGAGUCAAGUGAUGACAGUGACAUGGAGGAUAUUCCUCAAAGACAGCCCUUUGUUCAAUCGCGCGGUCGAGGAAAAGGGAGAGGGAGGCCCCCUGGGAGGGGUCGGGGUCGAGGCCGCGUUUAGUUCUGUAGGUGGUAGCUUGGUACUGUAUAUCACGGAGUUAAUGGAUGACUGGCAAUGGAGGUUAGGGAAACGGUUAUGGCGGCGUUGGUGUUGCUUGGACACUGCAACUAUGCCAUACAAGGGCAUGGGGCCUGCGAAAUUAUCGGCUCGGCAGAGAGCUUGAUACUGCUGUCUACCACUUAUAGGUACCUACUUUUGGUUUGCAAGAUCUCCUUAGUCCUAU